CGUCCCAAGCCAAUUAACGGAAGAGGAAUAGCAUGGUCUUCCGCGCGGCCGCCCCGCCUUUGGACGACGAGCUGCAGGAGAAGCUCGCCCGGCCGGGCUUCAACGUCGAGUCCCACGAGCUCAUCGAGCAGCGCCUCGAGAACCUCAAGCGCAAGCCCACGGUGCUCUCGUGGCUCGACUCGUACGUGCGCGCUGCCGAGGCCGAGGCCGACGACGACGAGUGGCGUCCGCGUCGCCGGACCGUUCCGCGCUCGUCGCCUGGCUUUGUCGGUCAUCUGUUGUGGUCGAUGCUCGGCCUUGCAGCGUCGCCGCUGAUCUUGCUCAUCUGCAGCCCGUUCCAGCGCUUUUACGGCCCAGGGUCGUGGCCAUUAGACUGCGCGUCGCCGUUUGGCUUUGUGCGCAAGAGCGCGCUGAACCUCUUGACGCUUGCGUUGCUGCUGCUGCUCGUCUACGUGCACCUGACGCAGGAAUGGCCGUCGCUAAGCAACCUGCCAGCGUCGCUCGAGCUCGCGCAGGCGUCGGCCACCGUGCUGCGCGACCAAGUGGUCGCAUGCGCCCACUGCGUGCGUCUUCACGAACAGUUUCUCGACGUGACGCAGCACAUUCUCGCGACGAUCGUGGCCGCGGACCACGACGCCUUUCCGAGCCUCGAGCCGCCGCUGUCGAUGGACCCGGACUGCACCGGCCCGGUGCUGCAGCUCGUUGGGUUUGCUGGGCUUCUUUUGCUUGUCUUGUACUUUUACACGACCACGACGCGCGUGCUGGCGCUGCUCGUCGUGGUGUUGCGGACGUCGAUGGUGGCGCGGCUCGUGGCCGAGUAUGCGACGCUGCAGCCGCGCAUCGUCCGCAUCGACCCGACGUACGCGCUGUUGGACGAAGAACUCGUGCUCUCGGUCACCGGCGUCGACCUCGUACCGGGUGGCACCGUCGCGUGGAUCCCGUACUGGUGCUCGGCCUCGACAUUUGCGUCGACCGCGUUUGGCGGCGACUGCGCCAAGCAGUUUGCCAGUGCGUUUGCAAGCGGGACGGUCACGACGACGUUUUCGGUGCUGGAAACGUACAUUCCGUGCUACAAGCCGCCGACCGACCCGACCGAGGCGCGCGACUAUCGGUGUUUUGAGACGGUCCGCCUCCGCGUCAAGGAGGCCAAGAACAUUCCCGGUCUCUCGCCGUCCCUCUAGUGAUAGUGCUCUCGAUUGAAUUAUUCUCUUCCUCUGAUACGAUGGC